CGUUGUAAAUCAAGGUAAGGUAAAUACAAUUAAUAUUAAUCAAUUAAAGUAGAACAACUAAGUUACAACAACUAAGAUCAAAUACAAGGGUAAUAAUAUAAGCAAGUAAGAAGUGAUAAUGUGGUUAUUGUUGUUGGUGUCAACAAGUCUAAACUAGCAUUAUAUGCACGUAAAUAUACUUGGUUCCAGUCCAGUGCCGAUCUCCUUUUAUUGUGAAGGCCAGAGGAGCGGAAGUAGUGAGAGUGUUUCCGGGUCGCACAGUUAGCAGGUCAGCUAAGUGGAAAUAAAGACGCAAACACGGUGUUGUUGUCUUUAGUCUUCUUGGACUCCAUCUGUACAACAUGUCCACAGUCCAGGGUGGUCCACCGAGGUCCAAACGGCGGCUCGCGGAUCUCUGAUUGGACGUUUGGAGACAUGAAAAGGAGCAAAGUGCUGGAUGUGGUUUUAAAGGCCGAUAUGGAGCUGUGGAGAGAAGCAGGAGGUCACUGCUCCUCCGUUACAGGUGCUCCUUCCGGCCGGGUCCAGUCGGCCCUGAAGGGAAUGCAGCCAGAGGAGGGCCACGUUGGAGCCGGUGCACCGGUGGUCUGCCGGCGACCCCCCAGGGAGGCAAGACCUCCACCACACCUGUCUGAUUCUGCUGACCCACAGCCAGUUUUACCUUCAGAUGUACGAAGAGUGAUCGUUGGUGAAGAAGCACAGACGGACUGGAGCUCCAGUCUGGACCAGGAGGACCCAGACCCCCCACACAUUAAAGAGGACCAGGAGGACCCAGACCCCCCACACAUUAAAGAGGACCAGGAGGACCCAGAGCCCCCACACAUUAAGGAGGACCAGGAGGACCCAGAGCCCCCCCACAUUAAAGAGGACCAGGAGGACCCAGAGCCCCCACACAUUAAGGAGGACCAGGAGGACCCAGACCUCCCACACAUUAAAGAGGACCAGGAGGACCCAGAGCCCCCACACAUUAAAGAGGACCAGGAGGACCCAGACCCCCCACACAUUAAAGAGGACCAGGAGGACCCAGAGCCCCCACACAUUAAAGAGGACCCAGAGCCCCCACACAUUAAAGAGGACCAGGAGGACCCAGACCCCCCACACAUUAAAGAGGACCCAGAGCCUCCACACAUUAAAGAGGACCCAGACCCCCCACACAUUAAGGAGGACCAGGAGGACCCAGACCCCCCACACAUUAAAGAGGACCAGGAGGACCCAGACCCCCCACACAUUAAGGAGGACCCAGACCCCCCACACAUUAAAGAGGAACAGGAAGACCUCUGGACCAAUCAGGAGGGAGCGCAGCUUGAAGGUCUGGAGGAGGCUGGUAUCAGGUUCUCAUUCUCUCCUGUGAAGAGUGAAGAUAAUGAAGAGGAAGCUCAGUCCUCUCAUCUUCAUCAAAGACUAACUGAACACAUGGAAACAGAAGCUGAUGGAGAGGACUAUGGAGGACCAGAACCAGACAGGAAGUCAGGACCAGAACCAGAUCCUGGGGAGACUGGAGACUCUUCUGGACCUGAGACUGGUCCCAGAGAACCUCCGUCAGGGUUAAACAAAGAUUCAAGAUGUAAAGAUGGAGAGAAACCGUUGAGCUGCUCUGAGUGUGGGAAAAGAUUCAGCACCAAGGGAACCCUGAAGGAUCACAUGAGAACCCACACAGGGGAGAAACCAUUUCUUUGCACAGUUUGUGGGGAAAGAUUUUCCCGAAAGGGUCACCUGACCCAACACAUGCCGGUCCACACGGGAGAGAAACCGUUCAGCUGCAGCAUGUGUCUCAAAAGGUUUUCCUGGUGUUCACAGAUUACAAGACAUGUAUGUGUCGGCCACCGGUCCUCACAGCCUGAGGAGAACCGGGAGGAAGAACCUCCAGCCGGCAGCGCAAUGGACCCAGAGCCCCCACACAUGGAAACAGAAGCUGAUGGAGAGGACUGCGGAGGACCAGAACCAGACAGGGAGUCAGGACCAGACUGGAACCCAGAUCCAGCCCGACAUCCAGAACCAGAUAAAGAGACUGAACCGUAUUCUGAGGCUGAGGACAGUGUUGACGUGGAGUUCUGGAAAGAGACCAGGAAACAUCAGUCAGGGUUUACUUACCAGAGGAGUAAAAAGCUCUCUGCGGAUGAUGGACUUCAUCGCAGCAGGAAGCCAUUCAGCUGCUCUGGUGACAAGACAGGAAGUGAACCCAAGACUGAGGACGGAGUGGAUGGGGGUCUCCCUCCAUCAGGUCCAGAGCCUCUGGACAGUGAGGUCUCAGCCACAGAUACAGGACUUAACACGGACAUGAGGCCUUUCAGCUCCUCUGAGUGUCAGGAAAGAGCUGAAGAGCGUCUCACGCUGCUGACACGCGGGGGCCCACCCACAGGGGAGAAACCGCUCCGCUGCUCUCUUUGUAGGGAAAUAUUCAACAAGCAGGAAAGCUUACGUUGUCACAUGACACAGCACUCGGGGGAGAAACCGUUCCGCUGCUCAGUGUGCCGCUCAGACUGCGGGGACAGCGAGUCUCUAGUUCAACACAUGAGGAUCCACACAAUGCAAAUGAGGUUUAAUUGCACAAUUUGUGGUGAAGAGUUUGCGUGGAGGAGACAUCUCACGAAACAUCUGGAAGUCCACACAAAGAAGAAACUCUACACCUGUAGAGAUUGUGACCAACGAUUCACCUGGUACAACACACUCAGAAACCACCGAUGUGUCGGUCCUCAGGCCGCUCAGAUUCACCAGAGACGAACUGGACACAUGGAAACUGAAGGUGAUGAGGAGGACUGUGGAGGACCAGAACCAGACAGGAACUCAGAUCUGGAUUCUGUUGACAGUACCGGAGACUCUUCUGGACCUGAGACUGAUACCAGUGAUGACUGGAAGGCGACCAGAGAACCUCCCUCAGGGUUAAACUCUCUGAACAAUGGGGAAGUGUCCAGUGAGAAACCAUUCAGCUGCGCUGAGUGCGGGAAAAGGUUUAGCCACAAAGGAAAUCUGAAUAGACAUUCAAGAACUCACACGGGAGAGAAACCGUUCAGCUGCUCUGAGUGCGGGAAAGCGUUCAACGUUCGGUCUGCGCUGAAGGUCCACAUGAGAUGUCACACGGGAGAGAAACCAUUCAGCUGCUCCGUGUGUAAGAAAGCUUUCACUCAGAGAGGAAGUCUACAGACUCACAUGGGAACUCACACAGGAGAGAAACCGUUCAGCUGCUCCGAGUGUGGGAAAAGAUUUCUGACCAAAGCUCAACUGAAGAAUCACACGAUGAGUCACAGCGGACAGAAACGGUUCCUCUGCACGGCGUGCGGCCAACGCUUCACCUGGAACGACCAGCGGAGGAGGCACCGCUGUGGGGGCCAGCCGGAGGAGGAGAGCAGGGAGGGGGAGGGGCAGGAGGAGCAGGAACAGGAGGAGGAGGGGGGGAGGAGCAGGAGGAGCCUCCAGCAGCAGCUCAGCUGAAUACAGCAACAGAUCUCGUGAUAAAGAUAUAACUAUAUAAAGAUGUAACUAUACAAAUUUAACUAUAUAAAGAUGUAACGAUGUAACUAUAUAAAGAUGUAACUAUACAGAUGUAACUAUAUAAAGAUGUUCAUGCGUCUUUUCCUUUGAGUCCUUUAUUACAGGACCGGAACGAUAACGAGUCAUCGCACACGGUUCUCCAGGUUCUGCUCGUGAACCUUCACAGAAGCCCACGAGAAGAACCGCUGUGUUCCCGGAGGGCGAUGUGAGCUCUUCCUCCCUUGGGGAUCAUACCAACCUCUUCCUCAGAGCCCCGUGCCGACGCCUGAUCGCUGCUGCUCGGCCCAGAUGAGCCCGUCAGGAGCCUUCCUCAGAGGUCAGAGGUCACGUUCCUUCAGGGUGUUAAUGGCGGUUUCAACGUCUUCAUGGAGACAGUCGAUGUCUCUGUUCUACGUAUUUAAUGAGCCCGAGACUUUCUGUAAUUUUGUGCAUAUUACAAAUAAAGAACUUAGUUUCUU